UGAUGCAGGUUUUACCGAAUGUAUUGAAUUGAAGCUGCAGAGUUUUCUGCGGCAUUGUUACAAUGGUUCGAUUUUAAUUUUUAUGUGAGUGAAUAGGUACAUACUGACUACAAUAUAUUAUUAUUUAAACUCCGUUAAAGUUGUCCGAAUAUAUAAGAACUAUAUCAAGUUAAAUGCAUCUACACGGUGACUAUAAAUGAAGAGCCAUCGGAAAUCGUCCGGCAACAUCAUGAGGAAGUACUAUCAGCUGAUCCUUGUUGUGGUGUGUUUCAUAAGUAUAAUUACACUACUCAUUUAUCGCCACGAGUAUUACCGACUCCGAUACGUGCUCGAAGUGCUCAACUUCUUUGGAAAGCCUGGUUUGUCCGAGGUGGAAUUUUGCGGACCUGGUUUCAAUGCUACCAUGCUGUCAGAGAUACUUCGUAAUUCGUCCAUGGAGGUUAGGGAAACGCCGCCUUUAUUCCAACAGAUAGAUGAAAACUUUUAUUCAUAUUCAUCAUUUCUAAGGUCCUAUAAUAAAUACGAAAAAUUAACCCCCUUAUAUGUACAUGUAAUCAAUACUAUUGUUAUUGGUAAAGCACACAUCGCACCAAAUUUCAGAUGUAACAUUUGGCUCGAAAACAGCUCCAAAUCAAAAGCGGGCCGAUUCAAUUACAAGAUUGCCUCUGAACCUAUAAAUGAUUAUCGUGUGUUCAUUUUUGAGUGCUCACUAGCCAAGAAUUUGGGAAAACCAACAGGAGUCAGUUUCUAUGUAAACGAUUACAACAUAAACCCAAUGUAUGCACCAAUCAAUAAAGUGAUACAAGUUAACACAAAAAGAAAGGCUCGUGAGAGUGGUAGCAUAAGAUUUGUUAACAAUAUAGAACCAGCGGUAUGUGUGAUACCUAACCAUGUGCCUAUAGUUUCCAGAGAUGCCUUUAUUGAGUUUCUUGUGUUCCACCAUAUAAUAGGAGUGGAUUAUUUCACAAUUUACGACAGUAUGAUAUCAGAAGAUGUGAUACGCAGGCUGAAUUUAUUCCCUGCAGACAUAACUCAAUGGGAAAUACAGUUCUUCCCAUUAAAUUAUCCGUUUGUGUUUUCAAAGUCUUACGAGAUUGUGAGAAAUGCAAUCGAGCUUGAUUGCCUUUUUAGACAUUUUAGAUUUGAUAAGGAAGAAUCAAAUAAAGUCAGCCAUGUUGCCAUUCUCUCAUGGGAUGAGUUCCUAGUGCCCAGAGUACAUACCAACCUGAAAGCUAUGUUGGAUGACUUUGACCCUACAAGAUCUAUAAGAACCUAUGUUGUAGAGGCGCUAGUUUUUUGCUUAAAUCAAAUGGAUGAUGAUAAUGCUGAAUUUGGCUAUCCAGACAUAAUGAGAAAAACACACUACUAUACCAUGCCACAGGAAAAAGUACCAAUAAAUAUAAGGAAUUUAGACACCAUGACAUCAUUCGAUGACCUGUUUAAUUUGUCAACCAAUAGCAAAAGUAUACCUCUAGAGUUACUGGGAGCACAUAAAUACAGUGUGUGUAGAGAUAAUAAGAAGUUCCACCCAGAUGGUUACAAUGAAACUGAGAUGCAAGUGUUUCAGCACAAAUUCGAAGGAGCCAUGAUUAAGUUUGGACAGCCCUUAGUUAGCAAUAAGAUCUACAGAUUAUACAGAUCCGGACAGAUCUGGGAAAGAAGUUCUAGUGAAAAUGUUAGAGAUAUGCUGUAACUUGUUAUAAGUUGGUUAGUGAAGAAUUUUUAUUAUGAUAAAUGGUUGCUAGAAUCAUAUCAAGUAUUUAGGAUGAAGAAACGUGGGCACAGUAUUAUUGCAAGGAUUGUUGGCUUAGAAUAAUUUGUUAUAAUAACUAGUUGUGAUUAAAUGAUUUGUCAUAGCCAUGAUAUUAUCUAUAAAAUAUAUAUAUGUAAGUAGGUAGUUAUAUCAUAUUUAUAGGCAAGUGGUAAUUUUGUUGUAUGUUUAAUAGUGAUUUAAAUGAAAGAAAAGAUGAGGUGAUUUUUGCUGUUUGGUGUUUCGUCAUAUUAUUUUACUUAAAAUUGUUUUUAGUUUAAAAUUUUUAUAUAAUUGCAUUUAUUUGUUUUUUAUAAUAAAAAGCCACUAUGCAAGAAUAUUGUUUUGGCAUAGGAAAGUCUGUUAGAGAAAUAGGGAAGUUGUGCCUUGUUUAUAUGAGGGUAGUUAGCUAGUUUUUAAUCUAUUCAUGUUUAUAACUGCUGUGCUAUUCUCUAAGUCACUAAGAUCGCGUUGUGUUCGCUUAAGGGCCGGGGCACAUAUGGCGAAGCGCAGCGCAGAGCAUUUAUCACAGUCAAAAUAUCAACAUUAUCCUCAUUAAAAUAAUAUCUAAAAUCAAUUUUGCAUCCGUGCGGGAUACUUGCGUGCAGUCCCGCGCGUGCUCGCGCAUUCUCUGGUACAAAUUCACGCGAUUAGAAAACUUCGCGGGCAUGCUCUGCGCUGCGCUCCGCCAUUAAGCGCCGGCCCUAAAUGUCUUGUGGAUCGAAUAAGCAACAGUCAAAUAACCACCUCUAUUAUACAAAAAAUGUACGUUUAAAUUGUCGUUUUAACGCAAAAUUGUCGUUUUAACGCCAAACACAGGUUCAAUUUCGCCUCUGCGUCAGAGUUGAGGGAGUGUAUUUAGAAAAUAGCACUGCAGAUCUUGCUUAUAGGUAAUAUUAACACAUUUAAGACUGCUUGUUUUAUAAAUUAUUAUCACUUUCAAUAAUAAAUAAUCUGGACAUGUAUGUACGAAGUUCGCGCGUAAAUUGGACGCAACCGAGGAAUUUCUACGUGAGUGCGAGAUACUAGAAUGUAUCUAGUAUCUCGCAAUUAGCGCAUUAGAGACUCAUCGUGGACGCAACUACCUACGUGCGUAUAGGUACGUGCGAAAUUAUUCGCGGUUAGUUCGCCCUUUUUGGACAAGGUCUAAAAGCUGGUUUUUGUCUCACGCUGCUUGUCGGAGUUGGUGAUCGAUUGUCCAGUCAGCGCCAACCUGUCAGUGUUUAUUAGAUUAAAGAAUUUAAGUUAUAAAGCCUGUAUCAAGCAAAAUCCGUAACGAAAAAUCAGGAAACCCAUAGGAGAACCAAAGUGACCGACAUAGCUCAACGCACUGGCCCAACGAAUAGCAAUAAUUAAUUGAAUCAAUUAAAUGUAAACCUGAGUUGACAAAGUAAUCUAGUCCAAAUUGUAUGAAAAUGCAAUUAUUAUAGUUUUUCACGUUUCCACUAACUUCCACUUUCAAUAUUACCAAUAAAGGUUGUUUAUUAUUA